AUGAACUCAAGUGAAACAGAAGGUAUAAAUAAGAAAAUAAUAAAGCUUGUGUCCCUUCGGUCAUGUUUUGUAGGAUCUCGUCUUCGCCAAGAAGACUUUCCCCCUCGGAUCGUGGAGCACCCUUCGGAUGUCAUCGUCUCUAAGGGAGAGCCCACCACUCUGAACUGCAAGGCGGAGGGCCGGCCAACGCCCACCAUUGAGUGGUACAAGGAUGGGGAGCGGGUGGAGACUGACAAGGAUGAUCCCCGUUCCCACAGGAUGCUUCUGCCCAGCGGAUCCUUAUUCUUCUUGCGCAUUGUGCAUGGACGCAGAAGUAAACCCGAUGAAGGAAGCUACGUUUGUGUUGCAAGGAACUACCUUGGUGAAGCAGUGAGUCGAAAUGCAUCUCUGGAAGUGGCAUUGUUACGAGAUGACUUCCGGCAAAACCCCACAGAUGUUGUGGUGGCAGCUGGAGAGCCUGCAAUCCUGGAGUGCCAACCUCCCCGGGGACACCCAGAACCUACCAUCUACUGGAAGAAAGACAAAGUUCGAAUUGAUGACAAGGAAGAAAGAAUAAGUAUCCGUGGUGGAAAACUGAUGAUCUCCAAUACUAGAAAAAGUGAUGCAGGGAUGUACACCUGUGUUGGCACGAACAUGGUGGGAGAGAGAGACAGUGAUCCAGCAGAGCUGACUGUCUUUGAACGACCCACAUUUCUCAGGAGGCCAAUUAACCAGGUGGUGCUGGAGGAAGAAGUUGUAGAAUUUCGUUGUCAGGUCCAGGGAGAUCCUCAACCAACUGUGAGGUGGAAAAAGGAUGAUGCAGACUUACCAAGAGGAAGGUAUGACAUUAGAGAUGAUUACACACUGAGAAUUAAAAAGGCCUUGAGUACAGAUGAAGGCACCUAUAUGUGUAUUGCUGAGAAUCGAGUUGGAAAAGUGGAAGCCACUGCUACCCUCACAGUCCGAGCUCGCCCUGUUGCUCCUCCACAGUUUGUGGUUAGGCCAAGAGAUCAGAUUGUUGCUCAAGGUCGAACAGUGACAUUCCCCUGUGAAACUAAAGGAAAUCCACAGCCAGCUGUUUUUUGGCAGAAGGAAGGCAGCCAGAACCUACUUUUCCCAAACCAACCCCAGCAGCCCAACAGUAGACACUCAGUGUCACCAACUGGAGACCUCACGAUCACCAACAUUCAGCGUUCGGACGCCGGUUACUACAUCUGCCAGGCCUUAACUGUGGCAGGAAGCAUUUUAGCAAAAGCUCAACUGGAAGUUACUGAUGUUUUGACAGAUAGACCUCCACCCAUAAUUCUGCAAGGACCAGCCAAUCAAACACUAGCAGUAGAUGGUACAGCAUUACUAAAAUGCAAAGCCACUGGUGAUCCUCUUCCUGUAAUUAGCUGGUUAAAGGAGGGAUUUACUUUUCUGGGUAGAGAUCCAAGAGCGACUAUACAAGAGCAAGGGACACUGCAAAUUAAGAAUUUAAGGAUUUCUGAUACUGGCACCUAUACUUGUGUGGCUACGAGUUCAAGUGGGGAGACUUCCUGGAGUGCAGUGCUGGAUGUGACAGAGUCUGGAGCAACAAUCAGUAAAAAUUAUGAUUUAAGUGACCUGCCAGGGCCACCAUCCAAACCACAGGUCACUGAUGUUACUAAGAACAGUGUCACCUUGUCUUGGCAACCAGGUACCCCUGGAACCCUUCCAGCAAGUGCAUAUAUCAUUGAGGCUUUCAGCCAAUCAGUAAGCAACAGCUGGCAGACAGUGGCAAACCAUGUGAAGUCCACCCUCUAUACUGUGAGAGGACUGCGGCCCAACACAGUCUACUUGUUCAUGGUCAGAGCAAUCAACCCCCAAGGUCUCAGUGACCCAAGCCCUAUGUCAGACCCUGUGCGUACACAAGAUAUCAGCCCACCAGCACAAGGAGUGGACCAUAGACAAGUGCAGAAAGAACUAGGAGAUGUCAUUGUCCGUCUUCACACUCCAGUUGUAUUGACUCCCACCACUGUUCAGGUCACAUGGACGAUUUGGUGUCUGGGAAAUGAAACACGAUUCCAUAUCAACAAAACCGUAGAUGCAGCCAUUCGGUCUGUGAUAAUUGGUGGAUUAUUCCCAGGUAUUCAAUACCGGGUAGAGGUUGCAGCUAGUACCAGUGCAGGAGUUGGAGUAAAAAGUGAGCCACAGCCAAUAAUAAUUGGGAGACGCAAUGAAGUUGUCAUUACUGAAAAUAAUAACAGCAUAACUGAACAAAUCACUGAUGUUGUGAAGCAACCAGCCUUUAUAGCUGGUAUUGGUGGUGCCUGUUGGGUAAUUUUGAUGGGUUUUAGCAUCUGGUUGUAUUGGAGAAGAAAGAAGAGAAAGGGACUCAGUAAUUAUGCCGUUACAUUUCAGAGAGGUGAUGGAGGACUAAUGAGCAAUGGAAGCCGUCCAGGUCUUUUAAAUGCUGGUGAUCCCAGUUAUCCAUGGCUUGCUGAUUCAUGGCCAGCUACAAGCUUGCCAGUAAACAAUAGCAAUAGUGGCCCAAAUGAGAUUGGAAAUUUCAGUCGUGGAGAUGUACUGCCACCGGUUCCAGGCCAAGGGGAUAAAACAGCAACGAUGCUCUCAGAUGGAGCCAUUUACAGCAGCAUUGACUUCACUACCAAAACCACAUACAACAGUUCCAGCCAAAUAACACAGGCUACCCCAUAUGCCACGACACAAAUAUUGCAUUCCAAUAGCAUACACGAAUUGGCUGUCGAUCUUCCUGAUCCACAAUGGAAAAGCUCAAUUCAGCAAAAAACAGAUCUGAUGGGAUUUGGUUAUUCUCUACCUGAUCAGGACAAAGGUAACAAUGGUGGGAAAGGUGGAAAAAAGAAGAAAAAUAAAAACUCUUCUAAACCACAGAAAAACAAUGGAUCGACCUGGGCCAAUGUCCCUCUACCUCCUCCCCCCGUCCAGCCCCUUCCUGGUACAGAGCUGGAACACUAUGCAGUGGAACAGCAAGAAAAUGGUUAUGACAGUGAUAGCUGGUGCCCACCAUUGCCAGUGCAAACAUACUUACACCAAGGUAUGGAAGAUGAACUGGAAGAAGAUGAUGAUAGAGUUCCAACACCUCCUGUCCGAGGCGUCGCUUCUUCUCCUGCUAUCUCUUUUGGACAGCAGUCCACUGCAACUCUUACUCCAUCUCCACGGGAAGAGAUGCAACCCAUGCUACAGGCUCACCUGGAUGAGUUGACAAGGGCCUAUCAGUUUGAUAUAGCAAAGCAAACAUGCAAUAACUUUGUGAAGAAGGAUAUGAUCAAAGAUUUAAUUUGCUUUCUAGGGGUUGUGUAUGGAAAAGCCUUUACCUCCUCUCAAAGACCCCGACCCACCAGCCCAUUUUCUACUGACAGUAACACCAGUGCAGCCCUGAAUCAAAGUCAGAGGCCUAGGCCCACUAAAAAACACAAGGGAGGGCGAAUGGACCAACAACCAGCAUUGCCUCAUCGAAGGGAAGGAAUGACAGAUGGUUCAAUGGUAAAUGGAUGGGGCUCUGCAUCUGAUGAGGAUCGUAACUUUUCUAGUCAUAGAUCUAGUGUAGGUAGCUCCUCAGAUGGCUCCAUCUUUGCCAACGGCAGUUUUGCACAAGCACUGGUGGCAGCAGCAGAUAAAGCUGGUUUUAGGCUGGAUGGAACCAGCCUUACAAGAACAGAUCUUCCACCACCACCAGAUCCCCCACCAGGUCAGGGUUUAAGGCAGCAAAUAGGCCCGAGCCAGCAUGCUGGUAACGUGGAAAAUUCAGCAGAGAGAAAAGGAAACUCUCUAGAGAGACAACAUGCAUCCAACUUAGAAGACACAAAGAGCUCAUUGGAUUGUCCAGCUAGAACCUCCCUAGAGUGGCAGCGACAAACCCAGGAAUGGAUAAACUCCACAGAACGCCAAGAAGAUAUACGGAAAGCCCCACACAAACAAGGUGUCGCAUCAGAGGAGGCCUUGGUGCCCUAUAGCAAGCCCAGUUUCCCAUCUCCAGGCGGCCACAGCUCAUCAGGAACAGCUUCUUCUAAAGGAUCCACUGGACCUAGGAAAGCUGAGGUAUUAAGGGGAGGCCACCAGCGCAAUGCCAGCGACCUUCUUGACAUAGGAUAUAUGGGCUCAAAUAGUCAAGGACAGUUUACAGGUGAAUUAUAGUAACUGAGAGGAGACAUACAAAGCUGCUCUGAAGGACCAUCAGGUCCGAACUCAUGGAAGUGAUGACACUAAAGAGUGCAAUGAACAAUUUCUUUAUUUAUGUACUAUUAAAAGAACUGUAAAUGCAAUGUAAAGACACACAGCCACACAUAUCCCACAGAUAUUUUACUUGUGUUCUUCUCUUAAGUACACCACCCACCUUAACUCUUUCUUGUCAGAAGUAUAUAAAAAA